GCUCACCGUUGUAAUCCAACAGGGUUGCCUAUAAACCGUGAUCUUCAUCUGAUUAGUUUAUCAGUCUAUAAUAAUUCCUGAGUACAUACCGUCUACUAACUAAUGCGAAGACAUGAGUGAUCAGGGUGUAACAGGUCUGAAGGAUAUAUAAAAAUUAUUUAAUUUUUUAUUUUAUAAGUAAAUCAAUUGAGGAAAUAAUAUCCUUUUUUUUAUUACAACGACAGCUUUUAGUGCAACAGCUUCUAGUACAACGACAAUUUCUAGUACUACUACAAUAACAACCUCUAGCACUUCUUCAGCGACAUGCGGCCCAACACCCACGUUGACAGCCACGUCGACAACCAUAUUGACAGUUAUACGGACAACUAUUCGGACGAUCACAUUAACAACAGGCUGCUAAUCAACUACAAGCACAGAUCCAGUACCACGAGCCUCAAAAUGUUGCGUAAAUUCUUGGGAAAUUGUAACGCCCAACUCCACGCAAGGUAUGGCUGAACGAUACAAUUAAAAGCUUUUUGCUAUUGCCAACGUUGAACUCAAAGUCACUUUAACACUCCAGAGGAAUAAUCAACAGCCUUCAAUGGAACCUUUCAUGAUUCACAACGAAACAGU